CUUCUUUCUCUUUUCAGAAAAACCUCCACCACACAACAAGCCUCUCAAUGUGCUGGAUCCCAAAGUCCUGGGCCUACAGGCUGUCGGAGGAGCUGGCUGCAUUCUUUAUGGCAUUGACAGCAUGCCAGAUUUACGCCGCAAGAGGACCUUACCUAUUGUCCGAGACCUGGCAGGCAUCUCGUUCGCCCUGGUGACUAGAUCGACCCUGAACAACGAGGACCUGAAACUGCACGUGUUUAGGAAGACGUUGCAGGCGUUGAUCUAUCCCAUCUCGUCUACGACGCCUCAUAACUUUGAGGUGUGGACGGCCACCGCCCCAACCUACUGCCACGAGUGUGAGGGCCUGCUGUGGGGCAUCGCCAGGCAGGGUAUGCGCUGCUCUGAGUGUGGUGUCAAAUGCCAUGAGAAGUGUCAGGAUCUACUCAACGCCGACUGUCUACAGAGGGCGGUGGAGAAGAGUUCUAAGCAUGGCGCUGAGGACAAGACCCUGAACAUCAUCAUGGCCAUGAAGGAGAGGAUGAAGAUCAGGGAGAAGAACCGGCCUGAGGUGUUUGAGGUCAUCCAGGAGAUGUUUGCGAUCUCUAAAGAGGACUUCACUGGACACCUGAAGACCGCCAAGCAAGCAGUGCUGGAGGGAACCUCCAAGUGGUCUGCCAAGAUCAACAUCACAGUGAUGUGUGCCCAGGGUCUGCAGGCCAAGGAUAAGACAGGUUCCAGUGACCCCUAUGUGACUGUCCAGGUAGGGAAGACCAAACGGCGUACCAAGACCAUCUUUGGGAACCUCAACCCUGUCUGGGACGAGAAGUUCUUCUUUGAGUGUCACAACGCUACAGACCGGAUCAAGGUGCGUGUGUGGGAUGAGGAUGAUGACAUCAAGUCUCGCAUGAAACAACACUUCAAACGAGAGUCGGACGACUUCCUGGGUCAGACCAUCAUCGAGGUCCGCAUGCUCAGUGGGGAGAUGGAUGUGUGGUACAACCUGGAUAAGAGAACUGAUAAGUCGAUGGUGUCGGGAGCCAUCAGAUUGAAGCUCAACGUGGAGAUGAAGGGAGAGGAGAAAGUAGCUCCGCCCCACGGCCAGUACACCUGUUUACAUGAGAACCUGUUCCACCACCUGACAGAGGUAAAGAACAGUGGAGCGGUGAAGAUCCCAGAGGUGAAAGGAGAGGAGGCGUGGAAGGUCUACUAUGACGACGUGUCCCAGGAGAUAGUGGACGAGUUCGCCAUGAGAUACGGAGUAGAGUCCAUCUACCAGGCCAUGACGCAUUUCUCCUGUUUGUCCUCUAAGUACAUGUGUCCGGGGGUUCCAGCGGUGAUGAGUAACCUGCUAGCCAACAUCAACGCCUACUUUGCCCACACCACCACCGUCUCAACCAACAUCUCUGCCUCCGACCGCUUCGCUGCAUCCAACUUUGGGAGAGAGAAAUUUGUCAAACUUCUAGAUCAGCUGCACAACUCUCUGAGGAUUGAUCUGUCCAAGUACCGGGAUAAUUUCCCAGCUGGUAACCCAGAGCGUCUCCAGGACCUGAAGUCUACUGUGGACCUUCUCACCAGCAUCACCUUCUUCAGGAUGAAGGUACAGGAGCUACAGAGUCCUCCCAGAGCCAGCAUGGUGGUGAAGGACUGUGUCAGAGCCUGUCUGGACUCAACAUACAAAUACAUCUUUGACAACUGUCAUGAACUCUACAACCAGCUACUAGACCAGGCCCGUAAACAGAAUGUUCCCCGGGAGGAGCAGGGUCCAUCUAUAAAGAACCUGGACUUCUGGCCCAAGCUCAUCACUCUCAUGGUGUCUGUGAUCGACGAGGACCGCACCGCCUACACCCCUGUCAUCAACCAAUUUCCCCAAGAGCUGAAUAUGGGGAAGGUCAGCGCUGAGUUCAUAUGGAACCUGUUUGCCCUGGACAUGAAAUACGCCAUGGAAGAGCACGAUAAGCACCGUCUAUGCAAGAGCACAGAGUACAUGAACCUUCACUUUAAAGUCAAGUGGUUCCACAACGAGUACGUCCGCGAACUGGCUGCCUUCAAGGACACACCCCCUGAGUAUUCUCUGUGGUUCGAGCCAUUUGUUAUUCAGUGGCUGUCUGAGAAUGAGGAUGUUGCCAUGGACUUCCUACACGGAGCUCUGGGGAGCGACAAGAAGCUUGGCUUCCAGCCAACGUCGGAACAUGUCCUGUUCUCCUGUUCGGUGGUGGAUGUGUUCACUCAGCUCAACCAGAGUUUUGAGAUCAUUAAGAAGCUGGAGUGCCCCAACCCACAGGCCCUGGCUCACUUCAUGUGCCGCUUUGCUAAGACCAUCAACAAAGUUCUGUUGCAAUAUGCUGCAAUCAUAACCAAGGAUUUUGGCUUGUAUCUGAACCAGGAGAAAGUGCCCUGCAUCCUCAUCAACAACAUCCAGCAGCUCAGAGUUCAGCUGGAGAAGAUGUUUGAGUCCAUGGGAGGCAAACAGGUCUGUACUGUAGCAACCCCUUACCUUUAUACAUACCCCUUACCCUUUACCCCAACCCCAAGACCAUGGGAGGUAAGCAGGUCCGUACUGUAGAAACCCCUUAGCUUUAUACAUACCCCUUACCCUUUACCCCAACCCCAAGACCAUGGGAGGCAAGCAGGUCUGUACUGUAGCAACCCCUUACCUUUAUACAUACCCCUUACCCUUUACCCCAACCCCAAGACCAUGGGAGGUAAGCAGGUCCGUACUGUAGAAAGCCCUUACCUUUAUACAUACCCCUUACCCUUUACCCCAACCCCAAGUCCAUGGGAGGCAAACAGGUCUGUACUGUAGAAACCCCUUACCUUUAUACAUACCCCUUACCCUUUACCCCAACCCCAAGACCAUGGGAGGUAAGCAGGUCCGUACUGUAGAAACCCCUUACCUUUAUACAUACCCCUUACCCUUUACCCCAACCCCAAGACCAUGGGAGGUAAGCAGGUCCGUACUGUAGAAACCCCUUACCUUUAUACAUACCCCUUACCCUUUACCCCAACCCCAAGACCAUGGGAGGCAAACAGGUCUGUACUGUAGCAACCCCUUACCUUUAUACAUACCCCUACCCUUUACCCCAACCCCAAGUCCAUGGGAGGCAAACAGGUCUGUACUGUAGCAACCCCUUACCUUUAUACAUACCCCUUACCCUUUACCCCAACCCCAAGUCCAUGGGAGGUAAGCAGGUCCGUACUGUAGAAACCCCUUACCUUUAUACAUACCCCUUACCCUUUACCCCAACCCCAAGUCCAUGGGAGGCAAACAGGUCUGUACUGUAGCAACCCCUUACCUUUAUACAUACCCCUUACCCUUUACCCCAACCCCAAGUCCAUGGGAGGCAAGCAGGUCUGGAUCUCUUCUUCCCCCUUCAUAUCCCCAUGUUCCCAUACCCUCCAUGGCCCUAAUCCUAGUGCUACCCCAUCAGACAAUCCUCACAUUCCCCCUAGAUCUGUCACUAUCCCUCUGAAGACUGGUUUUUAUUCCCCCACCCUGUUCUAUUUCUCCACUCUUCUAACUCUCCUUCCUCCAUCCUGUCUGGUCGUGUACGUUCUACUUUGUUUCUUUAUAAAUGUUGUUUUAUAAAUGUUUAAUAAAUGUAUGGGUGAAACACCCUUAGUCUGUGUCAUGGGUUUCAAAUAUUCUAGCAUGUCCCCCUCUAACUCUUUCUGUCUGUCUCUUUGUCUCUCCCUCUAAGUCUGUCUGUCAGUCCCCCUCUAAGUCUGUCUGUCUGUCUCUCUGUCUCUCUGUAUCUCUGUCUCUCCCUCUAAGUCUGUCUGUCAGACCCCCUCUAAGUCUGUCUGUUUCUCUGUCUCUCCCUCUAAGUCUGUCUGUCCACCUCAAACUCUGUCUGUCUGUCUGUCUGUCUGUCUCUCCCUCUAAGUCUGUCUGUCAGACCCCAUCUAAGUCUGUCUGUCUGUCUCUCUGUCUGUCUCUCUCUCUAAGUCUGUCUGUCCACCUCAAACUCUGUCUGUCUGCCUCUCUAAGUCUGUCUGUCCACCUCAAACUCUGUCUGUCUGCCUCUCUAAGUCUGUCUGUCCACCUCAAACUCUGUCUGUCUGCCUCUCUGUCUGUCUUUCUGCCUGUCUCUCUAUCUGUUUCGCCCUCUAAGUCUGUAUGUCUGUCCCCCUCUAAGCCUGUCUAUCUGUCCCCCUCUAAGUCUGUCUGUCUCUAAAUCCAUCUAUCUGCCUCUCUGUCUGCCCCCACCUCUAAGUCUCUGUCUGUACGUCUAUCUGUCCCUCUGCUCUAAGUCUAUCUGUCAGUCUAUCUAUCAGUCUGUCUGUCAGUCAGUCAGUCUGUCUGUCUGUCUGUCUCUCCCUAUAAGUGUGUUUGGCUGUCCCCCUCUAAGUCUGUCUGUCUCUAAAUCCAUCUAUCUGCCUCUCUGUCUGACCCCCCUCUAAGUCUCUGUCUGUACGUCUAUCUGUCCCUCUGCUCUAAGUCUAUCUGUCAGUCUAUCUGUCAGUCUGUCUGUCUGUCUGUCUGUCUGUCUGUCUGUCUGUCUGUCUGUCUGUCUGUCUGUCUGUCUGUCUGUCUAUCUGUCCCCCUCUAAAUCUAUCUGUCUGUCUCUGUAAGUCUGUCUGUCUGUCUGUCUCUCUCCUGCUAAGUCUAGCUGUCUCUCUGUCUCUCCCUCUAAGUCUGUCUCUCAGACCCCCUCUAAGUCUGUCUGUCUGUCUCUCUGUCUGGCUCUCUGUCUAUCCCUCUAAGUCUGUCUGUCCACCUCAAACUCUGUCUGUCUGCCUCUCUGUCUGUCGCUCUGCCUGUCUCUCUGUCUGUUUCGCCCUCUAAGCCUGUCUAUCUGUCCCCCUCUAAGUCUGUCUGUCUCUCUGUCUCUCCCUAUAAGUCUGUCUGUCUGUCUGUCUGUCUGUCUGUCUGUCUGUCUGUCCCUGUAAGUCUAUCUAUCUGUCUGUCCCCCUCUAAAUCUAUAUGUCUGUCUCUGUAAGUCUGUCUGUCUGCCUCUCCCGCUAAGUCUAGCUGUCUCUCUGUCUCUCCCUCUAAGUCUGUAUGUCUGUCCCCCUCUAAGUCUGCCUGUCUGUCUCUCUGUCUCUCCCUCUAAGUCUGUAUGUCUGUCCCCCUCUAAGCCUGUCUGGCUGUCCCCCUCUAAGUCUGUCUGUCUCUAAAUCCAUCUAUCUGCCUCUCUGUCUGCCCCCACCUCUAAGUCUCUGUCUGUACGUCUAUCUGUCCCCCUGCUCUAAGUCUAUCUGUCUGUCUGUCUGUCUGUCUGUCUGUCUGUCUGUCUGUCUGUCUGUAAGUAAGUAUGUCUGUCUGUCCCCUCUAAGUAUGUCUGUCUCUGUCUCUCUAUUUGGCUGUCUCUAAAUCUCUGUCUCUCUAAGUCUAUCUAUCUGUCUGUCUGUCUUUCUGCCUG